AUGGCUUUCGUGGACUUCACCUGGUCGUGUGGAAUGCUGCGCAGACGCAAGUUGGCACUGCUCGCCACCUACAUGAAGGUCAACGCCAUCAUCGCCGUUCAGGAGGUCCACGGAUCUGAGGACGCCCUCAGGGGUGGAUGGACCCAGAGCCGAAUCUCUGGGAGACGGGAGCGAAGCGAGAAGUGGAAGACCUCCUGUGCGUUCCUCGCCCCCAACUUCUUCUAUACCGACUCAAGACACCUGGACAAGUACGCGAACCUCUUCCUCACCUACGACAGCAAGUUGCUCCGACACCUGGUCAAGUACACGACGCUCUCCCACGACAUCCACGUGGAGUCUCAGUGGCCGACCCACUACGACAAGUCCAGCAAGCAGCUGUCCACGAUCGACCGCAUUUUAUCGGGCAUCGACGCGCGCGCCAUGCUCUCGGUCUCGACGAUCCUCACCACUGCGAGGGACGCGAUGGAGCUUUCCGAGGAGGGCAUCAGCGACCACGCGCCCCUCGUCCUGCAGAUCACCGCCGCACGCCAUGUCCCACGAGACGAGCAGCCUAUCCCGACGCACCUCUUCAACCAUAGGAAGUACCCUGAGACCUACACGCCCAUGCUGGACCACUGCUCCUUGGCUGGGGAAACGGCGGAAGGCCGCUGGAGAGCAGCGAAGCAGUGCAUGAAACUUGCAGCGCGACGUGUUCGUGAUCACCAGCUGCGGACCAACUUCUCCCUACACGUCAAGGACUCCACGGUCGAGACCUCGCACAUGGGCUUCAAGUCGGCGGCGAGAGCGGUCUGGCGACAGGACGCUGUCCUGGCAGACAGGCUGCUCGAGUCCUGCCCUGUGCUGGCCGCCCACCUCCACGUUACCGACGGCACGGUGCGCCUCGUGGACCCCCACAGCUUCGCCGCCAACUUCGACGCCAUCGCCGAGCGGGUGCACUCCCUGCGCAGGCAGGCGGCGGAGGCAGCAGCUCGAACGGCCAACGUGCGCGACAGCGCAGCCUGGCGGAGGGUUGAGCGCAAGGCCGCCAGGCAUGCGCAGCUCUGGGUCCCGUGGCGGCGACGUAUGAUCCUUUCGGGCCUGCGCGUGGACUCCGCACCGUGUGCCGCCAAGGACUCGAAGGUGGCUCAGCACGUGGUCUCCGAUCCCGCGGGCAUGAAGGCGACCGUAGCGAACUACUGGGGUGAGAUCUUCGCGAAGGUGCCGAACUCUGAACAGCUCAAGGCCUUGGGCGCUUUCCUGGACAAGCACGCGCCAAGGAAGCCCGAGCCCAUCGCCACAUCAUCUACCUCACCCGAGCAGAAGGGCUUCACUGCUGGGCGGCGCUUCGUCGACCACAUCCCGUACCUGGACGCGGAAUGCCGUCGGGAGGGCCUUCUUCCUGACGCGGCGACCCGCCGCCCCAUGUUCCUGUCGUUCGACUUCCGUCAGGCCUUCCCCUCACUCUUCAGGGAAGUCAUCGAGAAGGUCCUCCCGCGCUACGGGGUCCCGCUGGGCUUCUGCAACGCGGUCGCGGCGCUCUACAGCAACUGCCUCGCCUUCAGCUCCUUCCGCGCCGAGGGCACCAGCGCGGAGUUCGAGCCGCUGUUCGCGCUCCUGUGCGGCAUCAUGCAAGGAUGCCCGCUCUCUGGCACGGUCUGGUGCUUGGCUAUGGACACGCCCAUCCGCGCGCUGCUGGUUGCGAUUGCUGAGCAUGGGUUCCUCACGGCUUGCGCCGACGACCUCGGGAUGCUGAUCAAGAACGCGGUCGCCCUCCCCAGCAUCGACUCCACCUUCGUCUCCAUUGAGUUUGCCUUCAACCUGCAGCUGGCGCUGCACAAGUGCGUGCUGGUGCCGCUGUGGGAGGAGCUCUCGGAGGACACACUGCAGAUCGUCAAGGCUUUCCUCGCUAAGGAGGUCCCCCGCUGGUCGGGCUUCCGCGUCGACUCCACGGCCAAGUACCUGGGGACUCACCUGGGGCCAGGCGUCACGGACUUCGGCAUCUGGAAGGCUGCUGCGGGGAAAUGGUGGACCCGAUGCUGGGAGCUGGCGCGCACUGGCAUGGCCACCAGCCUUGCGGCACGCGCGUACAACAUCAACGCGCUACCGUGCCUGUCGUACCUCGCGCAGUUCUACUUCAUUGUGCCUGCCAUCUGGAAGGUCGAGUUCACCUCCCUGCACCGCCUGCUGCGGCUGCCGCCCUCGUCCAUGCGCAAGGCCGACAUCCUGUCGAUGAGCGCGUGGUGCGGCUCCCCGUCGCCGACGGGCCUCUUCCCGUACACGCUCGCGGCGAUGAUGCGCACGGCGGAGAACACGGUUCGUGGAUGGGAAGUUCACCUUCACCACCUUCAUGAAGCUGCCGUGGAGCAUGCCCCACUGAUCGACGUGAUCAAGGGCAACUGGUCGCCUCCGUGGUGGCAGACGCGGAGGGCGAUCGUACAGAACUUCGCCAUGAUCACGGACACCUACGGCCAGCUGGACAUCCCCAGACCGACGCUCGAUGUGCUCUCGGUCCCGAUUCCGAGCAGGUACAUCAAGAUCGCGAAGGCGGCGAUGACCCUGGAGACGACGGCGGCGGCAGCGGCCAUUCCCACCAGGAAGCCCAAGCGCCAGGCCACGGCCGCCAUCUCGCUCCGAGGCUCGCUGUACCCCGAGGACCUGGUGGCCACCAUCCACCGUCGGCUACGCAGGUGGGGAGUCGUGUGCUCGCUGCCCGAGCUGCGCGAGAGGUGGCCUCCGCUGCGUGACAAGCUGACGGAGGUCCGCCCUGCAUGGAUGUGGUCGUGGAUCCGCACCGCGGUCAACGGCUGGACGACAUCUCGCCGCAUGAGCGCCGUCAUCGAUGCGCGACCAUGCCUGUUCGGCUGCGACGAGGUGGACGCGCUCGAGCACUACGUCGUCUGCCCCAUCCUCAGGGCGUUGACCGCGGGCGACGCUGACGCCGACUCCCUGGGCCACGGCAUCGAGUUCCUCGGGUUCGGCGACGAACAGUACCACGCAAGGAGACCGAUCAAGGACUGCAUCUACUCGGUCGGCCUCAUGUGCCAGUGCUACCACAUCCAGAAGCACCGCGUGGACGUGGGCCUGGAUGCCGGAGCG